AUGUCUCCCGUUCUUAAAACCGCACCUCUCUUUCCAGCCCUGGGAGACGAGUCGCAGUUAAACCUGCCUGAUUUGCUCGACUUCAACCUCGAACAUAAUCCCGACUUUCCGCUUUACGUGUAUCCGAAUGCUGAUUCUUCCACCACAGAAAUUAAAGCGCGAGAGUUCGUUCGCGCCGCUCAUCGCGUCGGGAAUAUUGUUCGCGGAAAUUCCGAACCUGGCGAUAUUAUAGCGAUUGUAGCUAACGCGGACGCUAUUUUAUAUACUGCUCUCAUCACUGGUAUCAUGAAGGCCGGCCUUGUGCCGUUCCCUAUAUCUCCACGAAAUUCAUCUGCUGCACUUCUCCACCUGCUUCGAAAGACAUGCACACACCGAAUCCUCAUGACACAAAUCACUCUCCGAGGUGUCGUAGAAGGCCUUAAAGCUGAACUUCACAUGGUUGAUCCGACCUAUGAGCUUAGCAUCGAAGAAGUGCCUUCAUUACAGGAUGCGUAUCCCCAUCUUGGACGAGAAGUAGCGGGAGAUCCUUUUACACCUAUCAAUCCAGUAUUCUCUCCCAAAGAUUCAGACAAAGGCUUAUACCUACAUUCUUCGGGCUCGACUGGAUUCCCAAAACCCAUCCUUUUUACCCACCAAAUAAUCAAAGACGAUGCUUCUCUAUUGUACAUUCGCAAGAUGCGCGAGGUCUCUCACAACCCACUAAAUGGCACGUUUGGCCUCCCAACAUUUCAUAUGAUGGGCUUUUGCUUCCAAAUUUUGUUCCCUUUGUACGGUCUUAUUACAACCGGAGUCUUUGCGCCUACAGUGACAAAGGCCGACGCCGUACCUGUUGCUGGCACGGCAGAAACCGUUCUAGAAGCAGCAAAAGUAGUCAAACCUACCUGCAUGAUCACUCCACCUACCUUUUUCAACAGUUGGGCACAAUCAGAUGAUGCCGUGGAAUUCUUCCGAACGAUGCGCAGCCUGAGCUUCGGUGGAGGGCCUAUCGCCCCACGUGUCGCCGAGUCUCUUAUUGUCAGAGGAGUACCAGUAAGCGCAGGAUUUGGGGGCACUGAAUUUGGCGUGGUAUCGGAAUUUCGUGUUGAUAAUGCUGAUACAUGGCAGUAUUUUGAGUUCAGAGACGGAACAAAUAUCCGAUGGGUACCUCAAGGGGAUGGCACAUAUGAGGCUCAGUUCUUGACGUCCAAGUCGCACCAUGUCGCUGUGGAGAAUCUUGCAGACGUUCGUGGCUACGCCACCUCCGAUUUGUUUAAACCUCAUCCCACUAUUCCGAACCUUUGGAAAAUUGUUGGGCGCAUCGACGAUGUUAUAAUCCAUUCAAAUGGUGAAAAAACAGUCCCGGCACCAAUCGAAACCAUUGUCUCCGCGAGUCCCUUAGUCAAUGGAGUUGUUAUGUUUGGCAGGCAGCGUGAUCAACCAGGAAUCAUGCUGGAGCCUAUACCAGGCUACUCAAUCGAUGUGAAAAACGAUGAUGAGAUAUCGAAGUUCAGAAAUCUCGUCUGGCCGGCGAUCGAAGAGGGGAACAAGAUUGCUCCUUCCUUUAGUCGAAUCUUCAAAGAGAUGAUCCUCGUCGUCAAUCCUGAUAAACCUCUGCCUCGUGUAGGAAAAGGCACUGUUGCUAAAAAGGCGGCGCUGACACUAUACGAGGCCGAGAUCAACAAGUUAUACGAUGCCGUUGAAUCAAACUCUGGGGGCGACUCUAUCGAGCCACCAAGAAGCUGGAAUGCAUCUGAUAUAGAGAGUUGGCUUAUUAACCAAAUUUCGGACAUUCUUUCGACCGAGGCCCCUUCUGUCACUGCAGAUCUAUUCGAACAAGGAGUCGAUAGUCUCUCUUCCACUAUACUUCGUCUUCGUCUCGUCAGUGCUCUUCGCAAAUUUGGAUUCGCAUCACUUGCGGCUACAAUUACCCAGAACAUUGUUUACAGUUAUCCGACGAUAUCUCAGCUUACAGAUGCCAUCGUCAGUAUCAUUGUCAAUCCUCAUGACCAGACAAAGAGGGAAAAGACCCAUGAAGAACUAAUGGAGGAUAUGAUCUCCAAAUACUCGCAAGGCUUGGAUGUGCCACUUCCACAGCCCGCCACUUCCAUAAAUCCAACUCAACACUACGUGUUACUCACAGGAUCUACUGGGAAUAUUGGCGCACAGCUACUCGAGUCUCUGCUUUUGAAAGACUCCGUAGUCCGUGUUUAUGCUCUAAAUAGACCAUCUACUAGAGCGUCGAUGUAUGAAAGGCAUCGCGCCCGGUUCGAAGAUAAGGCUCUCGAUAUAUCUCUGUUGUCAUCACCCAAGCUGGUCUUCUUGUCUGGGGAGACUUCGCACGGUGACCUUGGGUUGCCUGAGGGUGUCUUGGGGGAGCUCCGCCAAAACCUGACUUUGAUUAUGCAUAAUGCCUGGAGGCUCGACUUCAAUCUUUCACUGGCAUCUUUUGAGGCGCAUGUGAAAGGCUCCCGAGUUUUAAUGGACCUUGGUCGCUCCAGCCGCCAUUCCUAUUCAAUUAGAUUCUUGUUCACCUCGUCGAUUGCUUCAACCCAGUCAUGGGACGCCCAAUCCCUAGGCCCGUAUCCUGAAGAGGUUGUAAUGGAUGCCAAGUAUGCUGUCGGAGGUGGCUACGGAGAGAGUAAAUAUGUCACCGAACGGAUACUUGCAAAGAGUGGUCUUCAAGCAACUUCGUUCAGGAUUGGACAGGUAACCGGUGGCGCACCGAAUGGAGCUUGGGCGAUCACAGACUGGGUCCCCAUUAUCGUGAAAUCAAGCCUUAGCUUAGGUGUUCUUCCCGAUGCCUUUGGGGUGGUCUCAUGGGUCCCAAUGGACGCCGUCUGCAAUGCCAUUCUCGACGUUGGGUUUACUUCUGAGACAGCGCCCAUGGCCGUGAAUAUUGUGCACCCGAAAUCAGUUUCCUGGACUUGUGUGUUUCAGAACGUUCGGGCUGCACUCAUUGAACAAAAACAUCUUUCGCCCGAUGCGCUUCCACUAGUACCCUAUCAUGAUUGGGUUGCCGCAGUUCUAAAGUAUGCAAAGAAUCCAACGGAAGCAGACACUCAGAAUAUCCCCGCUGUCAAAUUACUCGAGUUCUAUACACAACAAGCCGCUAUAGACGACGCACUCAGACAGUCCAACCGAAGUGCAAUGGAAAGCGCUGGUCUUACCCAGCUGAGUACGAGGAACGUCGAGAGGCUCAGUGAAAGUAUGAGGAGCCUCAAAUCCUUGGAUGCUGCCAUCAUCCAGAAAUGGAUUAGAUAUUGGGUGGCGACGGGAUUCUGA